AUGGCUGACUGCUGUGUUAAAGGCUUUCGGUGGGACGCAACGCCCAAGUGUAGAAAUGACAAAGUUGCCGGAAUCGAUUGCUCCGUCUUGGCGGACUAUUAUGCUGAGGAGGUGGGAGCUACCGUUCUGAUACCUGACUUCUUUGGUGGUGAGAUUCUUGCAGCUGACAUCAUACUGAACGACAUGCGAUGCGCUGAGCUCGAUCUUCCAACAUUCUUGGCGCGAAACAGUAAGGCUGUGAGAGGGCCUGAGAUCAUUAAAACUGCAGAGGUACUCAAAGCUUCGUAUCGCCGGUUCGGAGUCUUCGGCUUCUGCAUCGGAGGAUGGGGAGCGUUUCAUAUUGGAGCCAAAGAUAAACAACUCGCCGACUGCAUCUCGGUGGCACACCCAACGAUGGUCGAGAAGACCGAGAUUGACGGUUUGGCCGUUCCAGUUCAAAUCAUCGCUCCUGAGAUGGACCCGAUGUUCACAGAGGAGCUGAAAGAGUACACUAGGAGAAGGGGGAUGGAAAGAGCCAAGAAUGCAGCGGUCUACUGGUUCCGAGAAUGGCUACUGGAAAAUGAAUAG